AUGAGUUUCCUUUCACCUGGCGGGUCCAAGGCAAAGCCUAAGCCCGUCGGAAAACAAACCGAGGCAACUGCCAAGCUUAAGAAACUUGGAGGGUCCAAGGUGUCGAUCUGUCGAAGAAGCGAUGGUUGUAGUAACAACGGCGGUCAAAACCAGAACGCAAACCAAAAUACACACCAACACCAACCAACAGAGGAUGAAGUGGCAGUGGACCGCGCUGCCAUUCCAGAUGAUGGACUGUCUCCUGCCUACGAGGCACAUGUUGGAAAUGAUGAGCCACCGUUAUAUGAGGAGGCCACAGGCUCAAAUUCGGGCCAACACCAAGAUGACGAAAAGAAACAUUGA